UUGGAGAUUUUCGAUAAAUACUUUGUGCUCGUUGCCACUGGACGAAAUCAAGAAUGAUUGUACGCCGCGUCACGUCAGAAUGGGAAUAUUCUCAGAAGUUAACCCCACGCCCCUUGUUCAAGAUGAGGUUAAGCUCAUCGCAGUGUCCAGAGAUGUUCUCGUGAAUGUGCUUGACAUGGAUCCUGCGAUUUCUGACACGAAUGGAUUCGUUAAAUUCGUAUCCGGCUGUCCCGUUACAAACUCGACGCCGUUAGCCCAUCGCUACGGCGGCCAUCAAUUUGGGAAGUGGUGCUCUCAGCUGGGCGAUGGCAGGGCACACAUUCUUGGAGAGUACAUAAACGCGAAAGGUGAACGAUGGGAAUUACAACUGAAAGGAUCCGGACUGACACCGUAUUCUCGUGAUUUGGAUGGACGCGCCGUCCUCAGAUCUUCCAUUAGAGAAUUUCUCUGCUCGGAGGCUAUGUAUUAUUUGGGAGUCGGGACGACACGAGCUGCAGCGCUCAUCGUUAGCAGUGACGCAGUUUACAGAGAUCAAUUCUAUUCUGGACAGAUUCGAAGUGAGAGGGCAGCAAUACUUUUAAGGGUGGCACCCUCUUGGUUCCGUUUCGGGUCCCUCGAAAUCUUGGCACGUCAGGGCGAAUUGUUGCACCUAAAGAUGCUUGUGGAUUAUAUCGUAGAAAAUCAUUUCAACGACAUCAACUUGCUGGAAGUGGAGAACCGUUACGUCGUGUUAUUUGGCCGAAUAGCGCACCGCACGGUCGAAUUAGCUGUCCACUGGCAAAGUCUCGGAUUUGCUCACGGUGUAUUAAAUACGGAUAAUAUGAGUAUUUUGGGACUAACGAUUGAUUAUGGUCCAUUUGGCUUCGUCGAAGCCUACGAUUCGAAAUUUGUCCCUAACAGGUCAGAUAGAAUCGGUAAAUAUUCGUUGGAUAAGCAGUUGGAUGUUGUACUGUGGAAUCUGGAAAAACUAUCCGCAGCCUUUGAACCAUUCUGGGAUGAAAAUCAAAGACUCUAUGCAUCUAACGUAUUGAAAAUGCUAGGCGGAUACGGAAGAAGAAAAUUAAGAUCAGUAAUGAGAUCAAAAUUAGGUUUGACAACGGACGUUGAGGAGGACCAACAGUUGUUGGCAAUGUUAUUGUCGAUGAUGGAGGAAACUGGGGCUGAUUACACGAUGACAUUUAGACAACUGGCAUUGGUUCAUCCUGACACUCUGAUAGACUAUGAUGUAGUCAAAAAUCAUUGGUCUCUUUCUCGUCUGAUGUGUCACGAAUACUACGCCUCGUUUGCAGAAUUCUAUAGGCGACGUCUUUACUCGGAAGGAGUUUAUAAUGACGCGGAACGUAAGGAAAGAAUGAAUGCCGUGAAUCCAUUAUACGUCCUGCGAAAUUGGAUGGCACAAUCGGCGAUUGAAAAAGCUGAACAGAACGACUUUUCCGAGGUUGUGCUGAUACAAAAAAUACUGGAGACACCAUACUCGGAACAAAUUGAAGCUGAACAACAUGGAUAUGCUGGCCCGCCACCGCCAUUGGCUUACCGAUUACGUAUUAGUUGUUCCAGUUGAUACAUUAAUAGUGCUAUGUUUA